GAUCAUCUGAUAUUUUUGUGCAUUUGUAAUGGUAAUUUACUGUCUGUAAUACUGCAAGUAUUAAAAAUGUUAUCCUAAAUUUGAAAUUGAGAUAAGAAGAACAUCACGGAGUUAGAUAUCCCAAACAGCAGAAGGCAGAAUGCUUUACUGAUUCUUACCUGUUCUUUACUUCUGAUAGUAAAGAGUGUGUUGUUGGUUUUGUUUUGGGGGAACUUUUUAUUUAUUUGCUUGUUUUAUUGCCAAAGCAGAAGCUUUAUGCUGUAGUUUCCCAUUUUUGCUCAGCUGUUUUAACAUACUGUUUCUGCAUCUUGUAUCCUUAAGUGGUCUAAUUCUAAAUAAUAUUUUCAGACAAGUUUUGGACCUCAGAUGUCAGGUUUUGCUCCUUGUCUUAGGAAAUGUCUCAUCCAUUCUUCAAAAUAUGUAAUUUAUAAGCAGAUAGUCUGUCCCACAUCAUAACCUUACACAGAGCACACCCAGACUAUUCUUUAGACUCACGUGCUAGCAAACGUGUUCCUUGAAUUGAUCCCUGUCCUUUUUCUCAGCCCCUAUAAAAUAUACCCUGAGAAAGCUGGAUCUGUUUCCAUUGAUUCUGGUCUACCUUAGUCUUUUCUGAGUUGCCUAAAGAUAAUAAGCAGUAAUGUAGAAUACCAUAACUCAGUUGCUAUCUGAAAAAUAUAAACACUGGAGGGCGAAAAUCUGGACUGCUUUAUAAGUAUUGACUUAUGCAGAAACUGAGAGGGAAGUGAAAUUAUAUGCUAAAGAAGAAAAUGUUGCCUAUUCCUUUUCAUUAUUAUUAUUGGAAAUUCUUUUUUAAAUUUUCUACGUUUAUUUAUCCACGCUGAUUUCUUUAGUGGUUUACCACCAUAUUCCUGUUGUACCAAUGCAUUGCAUAAUCCUAAAUUACCAUUUUUGUUUUCUGUGUUGCUACUCUGAACAACUCCUUUGUGUUUUUUUUGGCAACACUGUAGACUGUGUCCACCCUCUUUCCUUCUGUAUCUGACCAAAUUCUGCAAAGAGCUCUCCACUUUGGACAGACUAUCGUGUCCCACCCACUGAGGUUGGAAAUGUCAUUAAUUUUAUUUAUUGUGGGGGGAAAAGCUUGGCUAACCCUUCAAGACUAUCUUUCAAGUCCUGUAAUUCAAUGAAGACUUUAUUUACAAUGGUAAUUCUAAAUUUAAGGAGCUGUUUCUCCUUGUGCUCUCCAAACCGAGUUCUCCUGGUUUCAAGAAAAUGAGGCACUGCUUUCCGUUUUCAAAGUCACCAAAUAGUCUGCGGCUCAGACUACCAUCAGUGCAAAAGGCAGAAAACUCAGUGCCAACCUAUCCUACCUGGGGCAGAUAUGUUGUUGCUCAUGUCAAUUCUUUGGUUAGCCUUCUGAUCCAUACUUCUAAAUCUGAGCAGUUACUGGACCAUUCCUUAGACAUUUGCUCAUUUUCCACGUGUUUCAGUCUGCAGGUAGUGAUCAUCUUGAUCCUAUUUGAGAUGAACAAAUACAAUGAAAGUAACCCACUUCAUUCCAGUAGCUAAGAGGCAUUAGUGUUUUUCAAACUGAGUCAGGACUAAGGUUAUAUAUGAAAGGUGAGCAGGUUCAGAUAUUAAAAGAUGAUAUGAUGGAGGAGACUUUUGCCAGUUAAGUGCAAAACUAAAGAGAAAUAAGGACAUCCUGGAUGUUUCAAGUGCAACAGAAAAGAGCCAUGUGCAGAUCAUUGACUCAGAGGCACUCAGCUAGAAAAAGGUGUUUACAGAAAAAUAGAUCAGGGAGAUCACUAAGGGGAUAUAACACCUUCUUGGCCAACUAGUUCAAAGCCAUAUCAUGAUCCAUUGCGAUCAACAUGCUUUUUGAUGUAGAUGCAGCAGUCAGCACCGCACAUAAGGGGUUGAAUUCCCUCCCAGUGCCUGACUGAAUGCUCUAAGUGAUAGUGGGAAGGAGACUGUGUGACAUCCUACUGUCAUGACUUUCACUGUUGGCAUCCACUGUAUCAGUUAUAAAGCUCCCCUGACAACUGCAUUCUGAAAAGGCAAUGAAAUCAAGAAGGAGCUGUGAGGACCAUCUUAACAUUUUUGUAACUGCUGCUGAAUCAUGGUUUCCUUUGGUUCACUUCAAAACAAAAAGCGUAAAAUCUGUGCUUGAGGUGAUCCUUUGCUAAACACGCCUUUAGAUAUGUGCUUGUGAACUUUGCAGAAACAUUGCCCUUCAGCUAUAUUUAUAACUGUCUUGAUACAGGAGCACAAAACUAGUAAACUCUCCAUUCUGGAUAGCCUUCUUCUCUUCCCCUCUUACCAUAAAAUUAGACAUAGAUUUUGUGCUUUCUGUGGAAGAAACGAAUGCUAAAAAGAAAAAUCAAGCACUGAAUCUGCUUACAAAUAUACGGGGUAAAUUUCAGCCCUUCAGGUUGCAGAUAGUUAUGGACUAGAAUCUUCAAAAUUCAGUAGAAAUGAGUCUUGAGAUUAAGUUACCUCCUUUCCAACAACACGUUAACACCUGAGGUUUGUCUUCUGCUUGAUUUCUGCUUACAAUUCUUUACUAAGUGUUUGCUUUUCACUAUUUGCUGGUGCUCUAGAAGUUAAGACAAAAUCCUGCAUAAAAAGGCCUAAAGAAUAUUAAGAUGUGGACAGAUGGAUGCUUCUCUCUAUGAAAAGCUUCUUGAAAAAAAAUAUUCCUACAGGAAUUUUUGAAGAAGUAACCAAGUACUUCACUAAUCUUGUGCACAGUGCUGAGUAGUACACUGGAAAGAAACCAUCCUCCAUGCUCUGCUGCUAUUGCCCUCACCCAGGAGGUAGUGGUGUUACAGCUGAGAGUAACUCCUACUUCAUAUGAUCAAAGACUGGGAUUCUUUAAGGAAGUCCAAAAGAACUUAUCAUAAAGCUUCAUGGAUUAUUUUUUACUUUAUAAAUCUCAGGAUUUAAGAUCUUGGGCAUUGCCAGGAAAAGUUUAAUUUAAAAAAAAAAAAGAUUUCUUUGCUAUAAAUGAAUUAAAUCUUUCAUUUUAAUGUAACUUAUAUUUUUAAUAAGCAGGACAAAAAAUGGCAAGGUUAAGUAGUAAAUCUGAUUUGGAUGGCCUCUAGUGUUGAUUCAAAGGCAUACUGAACCAUAGGUGUUCUGGUGUGAGACCGUACCCCUGAAAAAUGUCAUUGAUGGGAGUAUUGCCUUCUGCUGGAGAGGUCUGGGUUUUAGGCAGUAGCAGAUAUGGCAAUGCCUGAUAAUAAUAGCAUUGGUAAAGACAAAUUAAAUAAAUAAGAAUUUCCUAGUGAAAUAGAUCAGGAAGAAGAAAGCCAGAUUAAAUUUCUAGAUAAAGGCCACUGAGGUAUUGAAAGGUUUUAAAUAACAACAAGAAGUGUUCUGUCCAGAGAAAGCACAUAGAUGCUCAGAAAACAGUGCCUGUUCAGGGUGACAAAACCCAUCUGUUUGAGAAAGGGAAAGUGAGACUGGUAUCUACAGCCAUCAUCUCUGUGUGCAAAGAUAGUGAAGGUAAGUACAUAAAGUGGCAGACAAAGCUUAAGGAUCUUGUAAGGACAAUGAAGUUUGACAGGCAAGAAUGAAAGGAAGACGCAUCUAAUAAUAGUGUAUUUAACCGUUUAUCUCUCAUUAAGGAAAUAAGCAGCUCAGAAAAUGGUCGUAGUUAACUUACAGCAAUUACCACGAUGCACAGUCAGCAUUUCCAGCACACGCUUAGGUAAGGAUUUUGAGAGGACAUUUGACGUGGGCCUAAAUCCACAGCAGAAGUUUCCGUGUACCCUUUUCCCCCAGUGAGCUGCUUGUUUGGUAGUAUUUUUGAAGGACGCUGAUUUAGCACUUCAUGUACUUCUGUCCUGAAAAAUCCUUGGUGCACUGUUUCCCUAACAACUGCUUGGCCAAAUUGUCCCCAAAAUGCCUUUACCAUUUUUGCUUGGUUUGCAAGCGCCAAUCACAGAUCUGGGCCUCAUUUGGUAGGGAGAUGAAUUCGUGUAAAGUCUCAAGCAUUCGUUACCAUAUGGGUUUGUUUAUCUUACUCUAUCAAUGUGGUAUAUUGCUCUUUCUGACUUCAUUCCUCUGUCAGUUAAAAAUGGUAAAAUAAGCCUCUGUGCAGGUUUUGUGGUAAGUUUCGUUCAUAUGCAUUUUGUGUUCGUUGUUAUCCAGCAAAAAUAUUUGAGCAGUGCUUGGAAUAGCAACUCUCUCAUGCGUUUUCCCUGACCAACAUACAAAGUUGGACUUGACCCCUUUUUUGUUUUUAUGCAAGUUGUUGUGUCCCUCUCUGCAUGAGUCCACCUGUGGAAAGGAGGAAGGGAAGUAUGCCCCUUUCCGUAAAGGUGCAUAACGCGCUUAUGUGACAUAGCUGGGGAGCUGGCAGUGUGGGCAUGGACAUGGCUUAAACAGAACGUGAAGAAGGUAAUACGUAUCCACCUGCAAGUGUAUUACUGGGCAUGAGGGAAAAAGGCAGACGAAAAGGUGAUGCCUCCGUGCAGCUGUAAAUGCUAGGGAGGAGCAUGCUGUGGAGCUCCAAAUGUUAGUAUUUCUUUAUCACAUGAAUACAGAUUUUUGGUGGCUCCCUACUCAGCCUCUUCAAAAUCUGCAUUUCAUCUGCAUAGUUAGCUGCAAGGAGAUUAGGAAUCUAAUACAUCUAUCAGGACUCCCAACCAUCUUAAAGCUAGGUAUUGCAGUUUUUACUAUUUUAUGUUCCCUUUCCCGUCCACCAUUUCACUUCAGAUGUGUUUUGAGUAAAGCUGCAACUCCACCCACCUUCUCUCUUUGCUUCAAGGCAGCAGUGAAGCCGUCCUGACCUUGACUCUUAGGGCUGCUCUGCUGGCAGCAGCUGGCUGCACUUUUGUUGUCUUGCUUCUGGCAGCAGCACGCUGCAGGGUUAUGGCCAUGCACAGCACAAGCAGCUCCACAGCCUGCACAUCCACCAUUGGAAAGCAAAGGGCAAAAGGUUUGAGGAUGGGAGACUUCGGAAGAAGUGGUGAAUCUAGAGUUUUUCUGUGCUGAAGUCCAGGGAGCCUGGAUCUGUCUGCCAUACCUAUGUAGGGAAGGCUCAAACAACAUGGCUCAGAGCUUCCUGGAGCUCCCAGAAGACUAUUUAUUCUGUCUCUUCUCUAUAAAGCAGUUUAUUAUAUUGGUCAGUGUAUUCUGCGGUAAGGGUAAGGUCACAGCUUGGGUUAGAUUACAAUGCGCUCUCUAUCUUAGCGGUUAAAGUUUUGUAUGCUAUAAGCAGGAAGCAGAGAGGAUACCGAGGAACCCUGACAUCCGGGAAGGGACACGUGGCCAAUCCCCAAGCAGUCUGUGCACAGGGGGCUGCGCUCCGGAAGAGAAGAACUGCAGAAGGGCUCCCGUCCCCAUCCCACUACACAGCCAUCUCGUGUUCGGAAAUCCUUCACCAAUCCCCUUAGGGGAUGACAGUAAAAUAAAGAAACAAGAUGCCCCAGCACUUUGUGAUCUUCGCCUUUGUAAGGAUGGGCCAAUAAGAAAUGGACACAUUGGGCAGAGGCCACCCCCAAUCAACCCUGAGAGACUGAAAGAUUUCGUUGAGGAGGAUUACCUCAAUGGGGAUGUGAAGACGUGGGAAAUGAAGAUAGUCAGCCGUAACGAGGAGUUACUUGGGGAUGCUCUUUCCCUCGUCCCUCAGUCAAGCAGCAGGACCAGCUUGUCCAGCCACAACAAGCUCAUUCGAUUUGAAGACAUUAGUGCAGCAGCUUUCAAAAUCCAGUCUGGUGUUCAGAAAACCCCUUGCAUGUACUCCAGGCUAUCCAAGCUGUACGGAGUUGACAUCUACCUAAAGAAAGAGUUUCUCCAGUACACGGGAUCCGUGAAGGAGCGAGGUGUACUUUAUCUCCUGACAUCGCUGCCUCAGGAUCAGCAAAGGAAGGGGGUGAUCGUGGCUUCAGAUGGGAACUUUUCCAUGGCUGUUGCUUACCAUGCCUCAGAGCUUCGUAUUCCAGUGUUUGUCAUUAUGUCAACCAGCACUUCCCCUGCCAGAGUGAAAAUGUGCCGUGAGUAUGGUGCCAUGGUUAUAUCCUAUGGCACUACAGCUAAGGACUCCCAGAUGCACGCAAGAAGGUUGGCACAGGAGAAUGGUUAUCUCUACCUCGAAGAAGAGGACAGUGCUGUGUACCUGUCAGGCCUGGGCACGGUGGGGCUGGAGAUGUACGAGCAGGUGCCCAAGCUGGAUGCAGUGAUUUUCCCAGCAGGAGGCCACUGUGGCUUGCUGGCGGGCUCAGCUGCUGCACUCAAACACCUCAAUCCACGUAUUUCUGUCGUUGGGGUUGAAUCUGAAAGCUUUCCUGUACUGCAGCAGUCCCUGAAGGCUGGCCACCCAGCUGAAGACCAGGCUUGCAACAACCACCACUUCUAUGGAGAUGUGAGUGGACUUUGCUUUGGCAGCAAUUCUUUGCAGUUGACUGGGAAGCUUGUGGAUAAGGUUGUUGCUGUGAGAGAGGAGGACAUCCUCAUUUCAAUGCUGAGAUUGCUGGAGUAUGAGCGAGCCACAGCUGAUGCAGAAGGGGCCAUUGGACUUGCAGCACUGGUUGCUGGGAAGCUGCCUGAGCUGAAGGGUAAAAGAGUGGCAAUUGCUAUAUGCAGUGGAAAUGUGGACUUACAUUUGCUGCAACAGUGCAUUGCCCGUGCCCUGACCCUUGAAAGCAGAGUGUGCAGAUUUUCGCUGGUGAUUUCUGACUGCCCAGCAGAUGUUUCAAAGCUACUGGAGGUUUUGGCUCGGGAGGAAGCAAGAGUUUUGGAUAUCAGACAAGAACGCACAUUUGUGACAACUGAGCUCUUCACUAUUGAGGUCACCUGCACCGUGGAGACCAGAGACAAGAUCCACACAGCCCAGCUGCGGAACGCGCUGCUGGAACGCUACCCCACAGCUACGUGGACGGAGCGAUGACGAGCAGCGCACAGACAGGGCUGAGGCCCUUGGACAAGUAUUUUGUGGAGCACUAAUCUUGAGGCAUUCAGAACAAAUAUUACCUUUCAAGGCUGAACGCUUAGCAAAUAGUUUCAGGAUAUUUAUUUCCUGCUCAAAACGUAGCACAUGUCCUUGGAAAUGAAGUUAACUCGGAACUUUAGCUUAGCUUAAAGGACACUUAAUAGUUUCAGCUAGAGUUGGAAUUCUCAGCUGGCUCACUGUUUUUUGAUUAGAAUAUAGAGUCCUAUGGCAUCUGAUAAAAAACAGGAGAAGGCAUAUUUCUUGAUAUUUGAAUGUAGACUUUUCAGCGGUCUUUUGAUAUUGAUGCCACUACUUAAAGUAAUGCAGCCCCUUCUGCUGGGUUUUCCCACAUUGCUGGUAUCACCAUUUCCAUUUCCAAGCCAGAAGCAGUUCUUUAUUUGCUGAAUCUGCUUCAGGGAGGACAUACGUGUGUGGGAGUGUGAAAAUAUUUAAGUUUGCAUAUGAACUUUGCUAUCAUGAAAAUAUAAUAUGCUAAUAAAAUGCAAUAUAAAGAAACUCUUGAAAUAUAAAA